GCAUUUCUAUAUGCUGUGGUGUCAUACAUCGCGUUUCCGUUUCGGUCUUUGCUUCUUCUUCUUCUGUAGCUCUUGAUAGAGAAAAUGACUUGUAAGCGAAGAAAUGGAGGUAGGGCCAAGCACGGCCGUGGUCAUGUGAACCCGGUACGCUGCACCAACUGCGCGCGAUGCGUCCCAAAGGACAAGGCCAUCAAAAAAUUCGUAAUACGUAAUAUCGUCGAGGCAGCUGCUGUUCGUGAUAUUACAGAAGCGAGUUAUUAUCAAUCCUACCAGCUUCCCAAGCUGUAUGCCAAGCUUCACUACUGUGUUUCGUGUGCUAUUCACUCCAAAGUAGUGAGGAACAGGUCUAAGGCUGACCGCCGCAUCAGAACACCACCUGUUCGCAACUUCCCAAGGGAUUUGCGUCAAGGCCAGCAAAACAGGAAAUAAUUUUAUUAUGUAAAAAUAAUUUUAUUAUAAAUAAAAUUGUUGGAAAACUAA